CGAGACAUGCAGUAGAAGCCAGCGCUUCCCACCGAAGAGUGAGACUCGGUCGUGCUGCACAGCCCAGGGUGCCGCAGGAGGGACAGGACAUGCGCCGCAUCAGCUGCCUCCUCUCGGGACUCCUCUUCAUCCUCGGCGUGACCAGCACGGACGGCUUUGCCCGGGCAGGCCGCAGAGUCUGUGCCGCAGCGCCGCAGAGCCGGGCAGCCGCCUACACCGAGUCCCACGUCCAGCCCGUCUACCAGCCCUACCUCACCACCUGCCAGGGCCACCGCCUCUGCAGCACCUACAGGACCAUCUACAAGGUUGCAUACCGGCAGGCGUACAGGCAGCUGCCCCAGCCCGUGGCCUCGUGCUGUCCUGGCUGGAGCAGAGCUAACAGCCACGCACUCAGCUGCAACAGAGCUCUUUGCUGGGUGCCGUGCCAGAACGGUGGGAGCUGUGCCUUCCCCGGUAGAUGCGUCUGCCCACCCGGCUGGACGGGGCGAGCCUGCCAGACAGACGUGGAUGAGUGUGCCAGCCAGAGCCAUGGGUGCGGUCAGCUCUGCAUCAACACGGCCGGGAGCUACCGCUGUGCCUGCCGGGAUGGCUUCAGCCUCGCUGCUGACAACAAGGUGUGCCAGCCCCUGGUGCCAGCCCCUGAGCCGGAAACCUUCAGCCAAGCAGGUCCCCCCAGUGAAAUGAAGGAAGAAAUGAAAGACCUGAAGAGCAGAGUGGAAGCGCUGGAGCAGAAACUUCAUUUGGUGCUGGCCCCCUUCCACAACCUCAUGCCGUCUGCGCCGGAGGACGUUGGCACAGACCCCAUCAGCCGGCUGUCCCACUCGCUCCAGCAACUGGACAGAAUCGACUCCCUGAGUGAGCAGAUCUCCUUCCUCGAGGAGCGUCUGGAGACAUGUAAGUGCCUGGAAAAAGCAGGGUUGAAGUAUUUCACUCCACCCAUAUUGGCCACGGUGAGCAGAUGCAGGCCAGCAAGAUCACUAACACAUAUGCCACUAUUAAUCUAUAUCUUCGUCAAGCUCAGCAGCCUGUAAUUAAUAAAAGAUGAACACAAACAGCCCAUUAGCUGCAUUGCAAAGCUGUUUCUAUGGCUGCACCAUCUGACUGCCCUUGUAGCAGCCAAAAAUCCUAAGAUCAGCACAUGGAAACGUGGCUCUGGGGCAGAAGCAGAGGGAACCCACUAUAAGCAGUGGGUCAUGUCUCACAAUCAGUACCCUCGCUGUCUGUGUUCCUUUCCUGUACUGUUAUAACUUAGUCCUUGGAAAAGAAACCCCAGCUCUUAGGAAAUUAACAGUCCAAAAAGUCAAUCAGGAAGGUUUAGGGAGCGUGCAGAAGUUGGCAGAUUUAUGAGCCUGGGAAGUUUUAGGCAUUUCUUUUUGAAGUCUACAGACCAGUCCUUUGCCAAGCAGUGGACCAGAGAGGGUCUCCUAAGUAGCAAACUCUGAAGAAGAGACACUGGUGAGAGCUGCCAUGUGCGAAAUAGCUGAAGGCAGGGGGUCCUGCCUGGUGUGCUCCCCCGCAGCACUCCGGAGUCGGGCAGCAUCCCUUUGGAUUCCUGAGGUGUGUGCAAUGCUCUCCCUGGAGCACUGCAGCUUGACUCAGAGUAGAGCACAAACCAUAUGAAUGCUAUUUUGAUAGGCAGCUCUUUGCAGCUCAUUCUCCCAUUAAAUAAUUCCAGUCAAACACGUCCAGAAGCGAGGCAUGGUUGGGCCGGCUCAGGAGCUGGUGUGAGGCAGAGGGGUGAGGGUGCUUGGAAGGACUUAGGGUGAAACUGUUACAGGGCAUAUCCAGUCCCAGUUCACUGCUUGCAGUAAUGGCUUAGAUAUAAAAGACUUCAAAGAACUUGUUUGAAGACCAAGUAGCUGCAAACAGACACUUAAAAAACAUCUCAGAAAGGGGUAAUCAUCAGAACCACCGAGUGUUCCAGCAGACCAAGUUUCCUAAUAGUGCCCUGUACAUAUUAUUAGGGACAGCACUGAGGAAUGUGAGCAGUAUCACAAGGUAACAUGGAUUUAUUCCAAGGGAUGACUCCAAAGUCCUGAAAUGAACUCUUGCCAAGCCUGUUCCAGCAAGCAAAACUUGGUUUUGUCCCUCUCAUGGUCUUGAAAGUCCCUGGAGGACACAAGACUGUCCUUUCGUACUCCAGCAAGCACUUGGGGCUUGCAGGGCAUCCCACGGAGAGUUAAGUAGCCACCCAUUUUCUGUGCCUUGCGAAGCCUUUCACAACUGAAUGUUAAGAUACAACUGCACUCUCCAAUUAUCUGCCCAGUGGGGAUGUGCGUAAGGACUAAAAAACAGUUUCUCUUCUUUAAACCACCACUGAAGGCACAAGGGUGGAUCUCUUUAAGCCAUAACCGUUUUAGCCCCUGAGUCUGAAUUACCCCCAAUUCAGCACAGACUGUCAAUGCUCAGCUGUGACACAGCCACUAAGCAGCACGACAGACUCACAACUGCACGUGGCUGGGCAGCAGCCACCCCAUGCAGUCCCUUCCCCAGCCCACGGAGCUCCCUGGGCGCUGGGGACUUUGGUUACCAGCAGCACCUGCUUCUGAUGAUUGUCACACAGCAGCUGUGUCUGCAGUGGGGACAGGCUGGUCCCAGGCUCCUGUCCUGGGGCAGCCAGUGUUAUUGUCACUGGCUUUUCCCCCUGCUUGGGAUGCUUUGCACAGGACUUCCCGGGCCCAGGCAAAGCUGGCAAGGACUGCGGCAUGCCGGGGAGGCGAGAGUGACGCUCCCAAAUGUGGUGGGACAGAGCCAGCCUGGGAGCGUUUGGCAAAGGGAAAGCAGCAAGUGUGGGUGACAUUCAUAGAGGUUGAGGUCAACCUUAUCCUUCUUGGGGAAAGAGGCAAACCAAACCCAGGCUAACAACAUUGCUAGAUUGUUUUGGGGUUUGUUUUUUUUUUUUUUUUUUCCUCUUCAUCUUCCCAGGUUCCUGCAAAAAUGAACUCUAGCCCAGUGCCCGAGGAAUU